AGAGAUGGAAUAUUUUCCUUAAAUUUGAAUUGGAACUCUUAACUCUUGGGAGGUAUUCCCUUUCCAAUUAGAAGUUCAGAAUCAUCGAAGUCGGUUCACAAAUGACAAUCGAUUUGAGAACCUCUUUCUUUUUUUAAAGUCGGUUCAAAUUAGCAAAUUAUACUGUGUUAUAGACUAGUGUACACGAAUAUAAAGUGACAUGUGGUACAACCGAUCGUUUAUGGACACGCGGCGCCGGCGCAGGCCAGAUAUGUUCUUCCUCGAGACGGACGAGCAAGGCAUCGCUAUAAAGAUCUACCAGGGCUUUGUGGUGUUCGUGGAGGUCAUAUUGCUCAUCUUGAAGAUGCAGUUUACAUGGAUUCAGGCUUUGUACGAGCUUAUAGUUCCUCCUGAACCGAAGAGCGUUGAAGAAGAAAUUAUACUUAUCACAGGCGCCGGGCACGGUAUGGGCAGAGAGGUGGCUCUGAGGUUUGGCAGACUAGGCGGCAAGAUUGUCUGCGUAGAUAUCAACCCUAAAGGCAAUCAGGAAACUGUUGAUCUCAUCAAGGCCGAAAAGGGCAAAGCCUUCAAAUAUGAAUGCGACGUGACGGACCCCGAGGCCGUGGACGCGAUGGCGGACAAGGUCCGGAGGGAGGUGGGUGACGUCACCAUGCUGAUGAACAAUGCGGGCAUCAUGCCUUGCAAGCCUCUCAUGCAGCACUCUGAGAAGGAAAUUCGCACCGUGUUUGAGAUUAACAUCCUUGCGCACCACUGGCUGCUUCGAGCAUUCCUCCCAAACAUGAUGGAGCGCAAUCACGGUCACAUCAUAGCCAUGUCGUCAAUGGCGGGAGUGCUGGGUCUGCGUAACCUCGUGCCCUACUGCGCUACCAAGUUCGCUGUAAGAGGAAUGAUGGAGGCGCUGCAUGAGGAACUUAGAGAGGAUCCUAGAGACUUCAGUGGUAUAAAAUUCACUUGCAUCUGCCCAUACAUCGUAGACACAGGGCUGUGUAAGAACCCCAAGAUCAAGUUCCCGUCGCUCAUGAAGAUCGUCACCGCACAGGAGGCCGCAGACAAUAUAGUCGAUGCUGUUAGGAGGAACUACACCGAAAUCACUAUUCCUAGCUCGCUUUAUUAUAUUAACAUGAUCUGCCGCGCCAUGCCCAAGAAGGUUCCCAUUCACCUGAAGGACUUCCUGGACUCCGGCCUCGAAGCUCAAUAAUUCACUUUAUUACCCUGGAGGACCUAUCAAUUAAACAGAAAUAUAAUUAGGCUAUUGCGAUAAUGAUAAACGGCAAGCAGGGAAUAGCAUUUUAUCUUAAUAAUGACUUGAGUUAUUUCGCUCAUACUUUGCGCUUUCUGUAGUUCUAAUUCUCACAGAACUCUUACCUAUUUAAGGCCCGUAUUAAUAAAUCCAUCUCAAGUGCAAGAUGACUAUUAAAAUAUGACUUUAUUAAUAAACGUUACCUGAGUGCACGAUUAUUCAUUGGUCACGCAUCAUUCGAAAGACGCCUUAAAUUUCCACUUAUUAAUAAAAGCCUCUUAGCACUAAGGGUCGUAUUCUAGAAC